AGUGAUGAAUACUACCUCACCACCUCCACCACCUCCACCAUCUCUAUUAACUUCUCUUUUUUCUUUAGUGAUUAAAGGCAAGCAAUGAACUAACCGUAACUGUCUUUUUCGUGAAUUCAUUGAUACAAUUUUUUUUUUUUAGAAACUGAAUGAACAAACACAAGCCAAAUCAACAUAGCUAAAACGGAAGUAAAUGGUCGAUGUGCUUUACGCUAGUUCACAUGCUAAGUAAGACACACGUUACCCGAUAACACUUUUUUUUUCCGCCUUAAAAGAAAACAUUUUACCUGCAUCUCCGUAGUGGACUCUUUGUGACCGUCUUUUUCCCUUUUCAUUCCCUUCUUCUUAAAUGCUGACUUCGGCGUAGUAUAAAAAGUAAAGCAGUGAAAUAUGUUUAUUUUUAAAUACAUUUUUUUUUCUGUCUCCGCAAUUCUGUUGAGCAUUGCACCACCCGACUUACUUGCGUAUCACUUACAUUUUCUGUUUUGUCGCCUGCGUUCGUAGGGAAUUUUGAUUCCUUCAUCCUUCUUUUCGUUUUCCUCCUGUAUGUACCGGACCGUCGCCGUUCAUCACGAAUCGAGACACCUAAAUAGCAGAAAAGAACGUGCAACAUCAAUUGGACAAGUCUUGUUAUCUGCUUGAUCUUUUCUCUUUUAUUUUCUUCAAACAUCUGUGCUUCUUCAAAGCUUUUUUGCUGCUUUUAACUAAAGAACCUGAAGCUGCUUGUUUGGAAAUAAAAUAAAAAACCCUAUAUACAGUUUAACAUACAACUGUUUUGCCUUCUCGACUGAGAAAAAAAAAAAUAGCCUUCUACUUUUACGAAGGUAAUGGGAAAACUGAGUCAAGUGGAGGCCACCUUUUCUCAACAAGGCAUGGUGAGGCUGGACAGCACCCAGCAGUAGCGCCUUCACCGUGAUACACUACUCUCCCUCUCUAAAAGUACUAGAGGUGUUUUCGUUUUUAAAUUAAACCUGGAACUGUUUCCUUUUUCUUUUUUCCUUUCUCCCUACGCAUCGCACCGAGAACGACUCUUGUCGAACUAGGUAGCAUUUCUGACGAGAAAAGAUGAGCUCGCGUAUGAAGGGAGACAAGGAGCUGCCCGGCAGCUUUGAAAUGGCGCAAGUUGACGCUCCAUCUGCCGCCGUUUCCGCUGCAUCAGCCACCGCAGCUAAACCUACUCCUGCGUACUCCUCUCUUCCAGCGUCUCCGUUUUUCGCGCGGCGGGAGGGGUUGUCGGCGGGUGGGACGAAGGUGGAAGGCGGCAGUGAACAGACCGAUGCGCUUCGAAUUCGUGUCUGGUAUCUCGACGACGUCUUGUCUCGUGCGGAGCCAAAGUUUGUGCCGGAUGUGGCCACGCUGAAGCAGAUGUUGCCGGAGAGAGAUCUGGCUGGCCCACUUGCUGGGUCGCCGACGGUGGCAGGCGAUCACUUCGCGGAGGUGCCCUACGGUCCAGCAGCAGCAGCGGCAGCAGCACGUGAGGGCGGACCGCAGUUGUCUGGCGCGGGCUCCAAGCCAAGGCUGGAUGCGCUGGGCUCCUUGAACGACCGCCAGUCCUUCCCCUCCAUCUCGCUCUCUCCGGCCUCUCCGACCCACCCCGGCGGACACCCGGCGUGGGUGAGUGUGCGUGCAGCGUCCCAGAGCGAGCUGACGGAGAUACUGAACUGGCUUCCGAUCCACGUUCUCACGCGGCGCCGCAUCUUGAACAUCUUAUGGGAGCACGGCCCGCAGGCAGGUGACCCGUCCGGCGUUGAGGGGCUUGUAGCAGGCGAGCAGGCAGGCAAGUCAGCGAACAAAUCGAAGACGAACUCGAAGCUGAGCCGCCGCGGUGUCGGCAGCGACACAAACAACGCAGCCGCGCAGCACUCGAAUGCGGGGAAUGCGGAUGAUGAUGAUAACGAUGCGGGAGAGUAUGAAGGGGAGGAGGAUGAGCACCCGCACCCGCACCACAGCAUCGCACACCACAACUUCCUCGAGUACUUCCCCGCCCACGGCUACGCGGUGUUGUGCCUGCAGGCCGUGCCCCUGCCAGAGGAGGAGAGCGCCGAGAGCGAUGCGACGCCGCGGGAGGAUCUCAUCGCGCACGAGACGCAGGUGCCGAGCACGCCGGUCAUUGCGCUGGCCUUCGAGUCGACCCUCUUCACCUUCAGUGUUUGCCGCUUCGGCGGCGAGGGCGACGUCCGUCUCAUCGUGGCCAACCGCGUUGGCUCUCCGUCGGCGCACGGGGCCCGGGGUGGCAUGCCGGCCCGCGUGACGUCCAUCAACACUCUGUCCAGCACGUUGACGCUAACCGAAAACGACCGCAGCCAACGUGACGCGGCGCAGCGAACUGGUGAAGACGUGAUGAACGAUUCGAGCACGGCGGCGUUCUUCAAGAGCACUGUCGGCCCCGUCGACCAAAGCUCCGACGUGCACGACGGCAACGCGCACUCGACGACACCCUUCUCCCCCGCCGCCGUCGCACGGGAGGAACGGCGCACCCGCUCGCCUCCGCAUCCGUUGUCGUACUCGCGGCUCGCCUUGGCCGGUCCCACGCAGGCCCACCCCUCCUCCCCUUCGCACAACACCGGAACGCCGUCGGCGACGAGCAUGAAAAACUGGAACGCGGCCACCGCCAUCUCCGUUGUGUGCAGCUCCCUCAUCUCAGCCAUCAUCUCCUAUCUUCAGCAGUCCACCCGCUCGCUGUUGAUGGAGGCGAAUCAAUUGGAUGAACUUGUACUGCAGAUUCUGCCGUCGCGGGUCGAUCAGGACGACGUGCUCGUGCGCACCAAGCGCAUCCGCAACUUGAUCGCUGCGUUUCACAUUGACGCGCUGCAGAAGGAGCGGGUGCUGAAGCAACUGCUGCUGCCGGCAGUGCGGCAGACCCCGUUGGCGCAGUCCUUGCAGGCGAUCGAGCGCUACCAGCGUUCACUGUCAUCUGUGCGGAGCACCGUCAUCAAGCUUCGUAAAGGUCGCGAUAUCGUGAACCUGUCCAACAUGACCCUCAUCAGCGGCGUCUCGGCACGCCUACUUUCGCACUGCAACUUCAUGGAUUAUUUGAACCACGUGCAGACACAGAUUGCUGUUGUGGUGAUGCCCGUCGCCGUCAUUCCCGGCAUUUUCGCCUCGAACGUGAAGGUGCCAUGGUCCGACUCGGACAGUAUGACGCCGUUUUACUGCCUCACUGUCCUCUCCUUUGGGGUCAUGGCCAUCGGCGUAGCCUACCCUCUCUACACUUUUUUCAUGUACCGGAUGCCGAAAGCGCUUGCUCCUCUGGAGUAG